GUUUGAUAUAAAAAUAUGUCAAUGUUUCAACUUGUUGAAAUGUUGAACCAGCAAGAAGUGACCAAUGACUAAAGUUAGACAGACAGCAGUUAUCUGAUAUAAUCAGUUAUAAUAAUGUAUCUACUCUGUGGACAGCAGUCAGCACUACUCUUCGGGUACUGCAAGGGUACCUACUGUGACCUCAGAGCAAUAAGACUGUGACUGUAAAAAUAAAUAUUACUUGCUCACGCUCAGUGGUAAAUAAUAAGUCGUGUCUGCUUAGCGUGUCUGUGUAAUUUCGUAGUGUCUCAUUUUUGUGAUGCGGUAUCAAAUUAUAUAUAAUAAAUGUAAAUUAUUCAUCAAAUUAUAAGGAGAUAAAAGCUUUAUCAAAACGAAGCUUAAUUUGGAUAUCAAAAGAAGACAUAAAUAUGAAUUUAGUGAAGCAAACGCAGUUCUUUGCACCGCUCUAUACUAUUGGAAUAAACGCAAGACCCCAUCUAACGAAAAAGUCGGUAGCAUUCCAAUACAAAAGAUUUUUCAGUGAUAAUGUAGAAGGUCAAAGUAAAAGCAAUAAGGAACCCCCUCUAAUGGAUCUUCAUGGUCGACGACAUGAUUACCUAAGGAUUUCACUGACAGAAAGAUGCAACCUCCGCUGUCAGUACUGCAUGCCGGCGGAGGGCGUGCCGCUGAGCGCGCGCUCGGCGCUGCUGACCCGCGCGGAGCUGGCGCGCCUCGUGCGCGUGUUCGCGGCGCUCGGCGUCACCAAGCUGCGCCUCACGGGCGGCGAGCCCACCGUGCGGCAGGACCUCGUCGACAUCAUACAGGAGCUGGCGGGCGUGGAGGGCAUCGCGACGGUGGCGAUGACGUCGAACGGCGUGGCGCUGACGCGGCGCCUGCCCGCGCUGCAGCGCGCCGGCCUGGCCGCGCUCAACGUGUCGCUCGACUCGCUGCGCGCCGAGCGCUACGAGCGCAUGGCGCGCCGCCCGGGCCUGCAAAAAGUAUUAGCAUGCAUCGAUCUAGCGCUUCAACUGGGAUUCAGUCCCGUUAAAGUGAACACAGUCUUAAUGAAAGGUUUCAAUGAUGAUGAGGUGUGUGACUUCGUGGAGUUUACCAAAGACCGAAAUGUGGAAGUCAGGUUCAUCGAGUUCAUGCCGUUCACGGGCAACCGGUGGGACGACUCGCGCAUGGUGGCGGGCGCGGCGGCGCUGGCGGCGGCCCGCGCGGCGCUGCCCGCGCUGCGCCCCGCGCCGCCCGCGCCCUGCCGCACGGCCACGGUGUGGAAGGCCGACGGGUACGCGGGUAGCGUGGGGUUUAUCUCGUCCAUGACGCAGCCCUUCUGCUCCUCCUGCAACCGCCUGCGCCUCACCGCUGACGGAAACCUUAAAGUGUGCCUGUUCGGCGGCGCGGAGGUGUCGCUGCGGGACGCGGUGCGCGCGGGCGCGGGGGACGGCGACCUCGCCGCGCUCGUGCGGGCCGCGCUGCGCCGCAAGCUGCCCCAGCACGCCGGUGCGGUGCGGGGCGGGGCGUGGGGCGCGCGGGGCGCGGGGCGGGCGCUCCGAGCGGCGCGCGGCUACUGCACGCUGUCGCACCUGGACGAGCGCGGGCGCGCGCGCAUGGUGGACGUGGGCGCCAAGCCCGUGCGCGCGCGCGCCGCCGAGGCCGAGUGCUUCCUGCAGGUGAGCGCGCGCCUGCUGCGCCUGCUGCGCGACGCCGCCGUGCCCAAGGGCGACGCGCUCAGCGUGGCGCAGGUGGCCGGCACGCUGGCCGCCAAGCGCACGGCCGACCUCAUCCCCAUGUGCCACCCGCUGCCGCUGGAGCUGGCGCGCGUGCGCGUGGAGCUGCCGCGCGAGGCGGGCGCGGCGAGCGAGGCGGGCGGGCGGGUGCGCCUCACGUGCGAGGCGCGCGCCACGGCCCGCACGGGCGUCGAGAUGGAGGCGCUCACGGGCUGCGCGGUGGCCGCGCUCGCGCUCUACGACAUGUGCAAGUCGGUGGACAAGCACAUGACGAUCACCGGCCUGCGCGUGCUGCGCAAGAGCGGCGGCGUCGGCGGCGACUGGGCCGUGUCCACCGCGCCCCGACCGCACGACCAGCAGGCGCCGCACACAGCGCACGACCAGCACAUGCCGCACGAGACGAGCGAACAAACGCCCGCCAAGGCCAAGACCGAAACCUACGCGCCUACCAAUUUCAUGCAUCUCUAGGCUUAAGUUUAAAAUCUGCUAUUGUAAACAUUGUUUUUACAUAUUAUUAUGUAAUGUUAGUAGUAUUUCCAUAAAAAAAUUCAUGUGUAGAAUUAUAUAAAUUUUACACAAUAUAUAUAAUAUAUAUUAUAUAGGUGUAAGUGUUACAUUUGUGUAUAUCAUAGAUAAAUAAUUAUGUUGCUAUGUUUAAAAAACUAAAAAUCCAAUUGUUUUUAGUUUUCUAAGCGACUCAAAUUUUUUAAUACUUAAUUAUAUUGGGAAACUUUUUGAAAUUGGUUGUAUUAAUGUCAAAAUGGUAGGAAAAGAUAUUUAAAAGAUCUCGAAAAUUAACUAAUUUUUCAACCGACUUCAAAAAGGUUCUCAGUUCAACUGUAUUUUUUUUGGAAUUAUUACCUCUUUGAAUGUGUGAACUGUGAAUGCUUUUUUAUCAAAGAAUGAUGAAAUAAAUUUUGAAUGUAUUCACUAUGAAUAUUAUAUGAGAAAGAGAUAUUAUACAUCUAUAUUUAGAAUUAGAAUUGUAUAAGUUACAAAAAUAGUAAUAAGGAUGUUUAAAGAAAAACAAAUAUUUUUGUUAAAAACUGUUUUAAUACCUUAAGUAAAUAUUACAGGGUUGCAAUUAUAUUAAAUUUUUAUAAAGUGUAUUCACUUUUUAAAUUGUUAUACAUAUUAUAUAUUUUUAAUGGUUGUGAUUAAAAAAUGAUAUAUUGUAGGAAUUAAAACGAUGUAAAACCAUUCCUUCUUUAAUAAACUGCUUUUGUUUGUAAA